AUGCCCCAGAUAGUACAGCACCCGACCACAACAACCACCACCACCACCAUGUUUUUCCCUGUCAACGGUCUGCCCCACCCACCCCCACCAUCACCAUCACCAGCACCAUCACCAUCGCCAGCACCACCAUCAGCUUCACCCCACCAUCCGGUGACCUUGAGAUGUCAGCCGGGAAACCCUCCCAGGGGCAGCCAAAAGAUCCCCGGGAAGAGACAGAACGGGCUGGUGAUGACCUCAAAACUAGGUCACGCCCCUCCUGCCUCCUCUCAUCAGAUGUCUUCUUUGUUGAGCAUGGCGACACUGGAUACCUCCCGUCCUUCCUCCGUCACUCCCUCCCACCCUCCCUCAGUCACUCCCUCCCACCCUCCCUCAGUCACUCUCUCCGUCCCUCCCUCCGUGUCGCGGAACAACAAGCCCUCCUCUCUGGCCCUGACUCACUCACGAGUGUCUGGUGGUGUCGCAGGUAGCGUGGGCUCCUCUGUGCUGGGAGGGCCAGGUUCGCACCUCUCUUGCGCCUCAGCAUACUCCCUGUUAGCGCGGACUCCGUCUGUCGCUGUGGCCAAAUCUUCGCCGUCUGCUUCCUCCCCGGCUCACCACGUGACUGCGCUGGGGAACUAUGUGACUAUUCCGGAAAACCAGGUAACAAACCAGGUGACAGGAAACCAGGUGGCAAAGCAAGUGACUAUUCCGGAAAACCAGGUGACAAUGCAGGUGACAAUUCCGGAAAACUCGGUGACAAAGCAGGUUAGCGUGGCGGGACUUGAGUACCCCCCCUCCUCCUUGUCAUUAGCCACAGCAGGCACACACUUACAGCUUCCUCACCCAUCAUCAUCAGCACCCUUAUCAUCAUCGUCUACGUCCGCUCCGUUAUUGUCCAACGGUUGUGCCCAGACCCCGACCCCCUCCUCCUCCUCCUCCUCCAUGGCCUCCCCCACCCCCGCCUCCUCAGCCUCCCCUACCCCUGCGGCUGUGCCCAGCCAGCAGUCCCAGACACAGGGCAUGGACACCCUCCACACUCCCCAAGGCAGGGACACCCUCCACACUCCCCAAGUGCCUGAAGGCACAGACACCCUCCACACACCCACGGACACCCUCCACACGCCCCAAGUGGCCGCUGGCACGCCACACACAGACAGUAGUGGGGGCGGAGGUCAAAUGUCAAGGACACAGACAGCCCCUGUUGGGUCCACUACGCCCCGGCCAGCGACACACCCACAGGUGGAGACCCCCGAGGGAACACCGCUCGCCCAGGCACACGGAGGUCACCCGGCCGCGGGGAAACUGACCACCGGACCCCCCACCACAGCUACAUGCGAACUGCUCCGGGCUGACGCUGGCAAGGUGAAGGUCAUGCCCUUGCAACAGUCCCGGCAGAACGGCGCAACGGUUACACCACACAAUACCCUGCACGAUACCCCGCACAAUACCUCACACGGUACCCCGCACAAUACCUCACAUGGUACCCCGCACAAUACCUCACACAGUGCCACUCAUAGCACGCCUCUCCCGAUGAAGAAUGUUCCAGAAAAUGCCCAAAGAGACAGCCACCAGCCUUUGACAUGUGCUGCCCCCUCCCCCUCCUCCCUCCCCCAGACACCGCAGGCAGUGGUCAAGUCAUGUGUGUCCUCCCCUCCCUCUCUGGACUCCUCCGCCUCCUCCCUCAUGUCCUCCUCCUCCUCCUCUGAGCAUCCGGGGAACGCCCUGACAGGCAGUAGCGGGAAGAGUAAGAAUGAGAACACGACGCCAGUGGGGAUGGGGGCGGGGCGCGGCGAGGAGCCGCUCAAUCUGGUCAAGAGAGACCACGACCCUCCCAGGCUGGGGACUGCUGGGCUCCUGGUGCCGCCCGUCGUCAAGUGAUGUCAUGGAUACGUGCGGGAUACCUUGAUAUGUGACACCAUGGAUACGUGCGGGAUACCUCAAUAUGUGACAUCUUGGAUACGUGCAGGAUACCUCAAUAUUUCCCCAUAUGGACAGAUAUGUGGGGGAUACCUUAAUAUGUGACAUCAUGGAUACGUGGGGGAUACCUCAAUAUGGGACAUCAUGGAUACGUGUGGGAUACCUCAAUAUGUGACAUCAUGGAUACGUGCGGGAUACCUCAAUAUGUGACAUGGAUAUGUGCAGGAUACCUCAAUAUUUCCCCUCAUGGACAGAUACGUGCGGGAUACCUCAAUAUGUGGCAUCAUAUAUACAUGCGGGAUACCUCGAUAUUUCCCCUCAUGUGACGUCAAUUUGUAAGGUUAUGCCAGACUUACCAGAAUUUGUAGCCUUACCCUGGGCUCUCAAGUCGGAUCAUUAACUGAGCUCAAAGUUUGUCACAAUUUGUAACGUUACAUUGAGCUCACAGUUUGUUACAAUUUGUAACGUUACUUACACUGAGCUCACAGUUUGUCACAAUUUGUAACGUUACACUGAGAUCAAAGUUUGUCACAAUUUGUAACGUUACAUUGAGCUCACAGUUUGUUACAAUUUGUAACGUUACACUGAGCUCACAGUUUGUCACAAUUUGUAACAUUACACUGAGCUCACAGUUUGUCACAAUUUGUAACGUUACAUUGAGCUCACAG